AUGCCGCAAACUCCCAUCAAAAAGGGCCCUGAGCUCACCAUCCAUUUGGAUCGUCCGGAUUCAACAUACAUUCCUGGAGAGGUGAUUACGGGUCAGAUAUCACGAAAAACUCAUAUCGUCACUGCUUCAGCAACUGUAAGUAUCUCGUUGCAUGCUCGAAGUAAAUCGCGAAUGGUGGCCAGGCGUGGGCACUUGACAUCGACAUAUCGUGGACGCUUUGAUCUCUUGCAAUCGGCAGAGUACUCAAAAACUAUCUUUGAAGGCCCUCUACAUGUCGCUGAGAACGAUGCGGAGCAGAGCUGGAAAUUCUCAAUCAGCCUACCUAGCCGUGUAGACGGACCUGCACUGCAGCCGCUGGCAGGGCCGGGUCAGACUUUUCUGACAAGGGAUGUAUCGGAACAACCUCUUCCGCCGACAUUCUUGAUUGAAAGCUACGACUAUAUGUCUGGCAUGUCAGCGUUUGUCGAGUAUUACUUACAGGCAGAGUUGAAGACAACGUCGAGAGGUUCUGGUACUUCUGAAUCAAUACUACCCUUCAGGAUGCUGUAUAUCAACCCAGAGCCUUUGCCAGCUCAGAUAGAUCUUCAUACGGCACGUCAUACCCUCGCUCUCCAAGGCGACAACCCUAUGGUGGCCAGCGUUGAGGUUCAGACUCCGACUACGCUGCAGGUCGAAGGUCCAGGCCCCAUGUCAUUCCUGGUCUUGGCAGUUCCACCCCAGGGCGUUGGCCUUGGGAAACAAAAGCCCGGCCUUCCUUUUAUUCAGAUAGUCCGAAUUUUCAUGAACGUUGUUGGAAAGACGGAGAUCAAGUGUCCAAAGGGGAAGAACGUUCAUGAGACAGACUGCGAGGCUCGGAUAACACUACAUGCUGAAGAUGCCUUUAAUCAAUAUGACGAAGAUCUGUACAUCCCAUGGCAAAGACCAGCCACAGAGACUCAGCAGUUGCAGGGAGGUGGUUCAGCAUCUGAGACGGGGCCAUUAGAGGGGCUCGAUAUCGGAGCAAAACUUGGUCUCCGUCUGCAGCGAAACAAAGGCCUCUAUCCAUCUUUUCAAACAUUAAACAUUCGGCACACGCACCGUUUGAAAUGGGAAAUGACAGUAGAGGCUGCCGGUAAAAGCUUUGAGCUAUCUGGUGAAGAGCCAAUUAAGGUUCUUAGCAGGCCUGAGGCAGAGCGCAAUACGGAAUGGAUCCAGCCACCGCCAGAAGAUCACUUGCCAAGCUUUUCUGAUGACGAGGACGUGUUCGGAUCAGGGUCUAGACGCAGCAGCCGCCAAACAGAUCCAGCUGCCGGCGUGGGUGGCCUGUCACGGCUUUGGGUGUUCUGA